GCAAUAAAUGGCUUCAAAGUUCCCUGUUAUACUUCAUUCUUUAUAGCUUCCUAGCCUUCACAUGUUUUCCGGUGUGAAUGUAUAAGCUCUCUGAGAGUACUGUCAUUUAAAUAGCCAAGAUCCACUGUCAGAUCACACAUUAUGAGUUAACUUUCUUUAAAAAAAAAACAACAACAACAGUUUUAUUGGCAUAUAAUUAAGAUACAAUACAAUCCACUCAUUUAAAUUGUACAUUUCAGUGGUCCCUCAGGCAAUAUGUCACUUUACUCCUGGGUCUGCCACUUGCAUACUGGAGAGGCUUAGCUUCUUUGCUUCACUUUUCUGUGUGAACAGGGGUGAUGACAGUAGUACCUUUAGGCUUUUGUGAAGAUUAAAUGAGAUAGUAUCAAGUAUUUGGAAAAGUACCUGGCACCUAGUAAAGGCCCUGUUAGCUAUUUUAUCUGCUACUCUGGGCCACAGGUUUUCAACUCCUGCUAUAGACACUGCUCAGCAUUUUUUUCUCUUCCUUUCCCCUCCCCUCCCCUCUCUUCCCAUCAUAUAUGUGAUCAUUCUUCGAGACCAUAUAUAUAGACUUAGCCCAUUUUUAAAAAUUGAGGUAUAACAUACAUACCGAAGAGUGCAAAUCUUGAGGAGCAUAAUAGUCUUUCAUGUUAGAAACCAGUCUCUUAUUUUUAUUAGUUCAUUUUCUUCAGCAGAUGUUUGAGUAUGUGCUUGUCACUGGUCUAAGUACUGACAUACAAGAAUGAAUAAGUUGUGAUUAGACAGAUUCACUGUCCAAUUCACAAACAUUUGUUGAAUGUCUUUUAGUAUUGUUACUGGGUUUGGUGGUAUAAACAUGUUGAUGCCAUUUGCUUUCAGGGAGAUGUUUCAGGGAACAAAUUCAUCUUCACUUCCUCUAACUUCUAAGAUUUUGAAUCUACUAUGUUUAUUUCUUAGGUGGUUUGGACUUUUCUUUUUUUCCUGGCAAAGAUGAUUAUGAUAUGGGAAUAAGCAAAACAAAGCAAACUGUGUGAAAAAUUUAUAGGUCUUUUUAUUUUUUUCCCCUCCCCGUCUGUCUUUUAAGUUUUUCUCCAUAAAUUUAGCUUCAAGUUUUGCAACCUGUCUUUGAUGAGAGCUCGGGAAGGGACCAAAACUCUGAAACAGUGUCUGAGAAUGAGAGGGAAGGAAAUUGCCCAAGAUUUCAGAAAAAUAUGAAUAUUAAGACUAAAGCUCCAGAAGAUUUCAGAAGAUACGAAUUUUGCACCAAUGUGUGCCGGUCCAACAAAAGCCCCUGGGUCUGUUUGACUUGUUCAAGUGUUCACUGUGGAAGCUUCAACAGUUAUCAACACAUGGCCAGUCUUGGUUCAUCUGUUACCUCUCACCCCCAAACCCUAUCCUUUUUGGCUUAUUUUGAAGCACAUCCCAGGUAUGUGAAUGGCCAUGCAAAAAAACAUUAUGAAGAUGCACAAAUACCCUUAAUCAACCAUAAGAAACCAGAAAAGCAAGAUAAAGCUCAGCACACAGUCUGUAUGGAUUGCAGCAGCUACAGUACAUACUGUUAUCGAUGUGAUGAUUUUGUGGUUAAUGACACCAAGCUGGGGCUGGUACAGAAAGUCAGAGAACACUUACAGAACUUGGAAAACUCAGCUUUCACAGCUGACAGGCAUAAGAAAAGGAAACUUUUGGAAAAUUCAUCACUAAACAGCAAGUUAGUAAAAGUAAAUGGAAGCACCGCUGCCAUUUGCGCCACAGGCCUCCGGAAUUUGGGGAAUACGUGUUUCAUGAAUGCCAUCCUUCAGUCGCUCAGUAACAUUGAACAGUUUGCUGUUAUUUCAAAGAACUCGCCUGCUGUGGAGUUAAGAAGAAAUGGGAAAACAGCGGGAAGGCGAACUUACCAUACCAGGAGCCAAGGGGAUAACAAUGUGUCUUUGGUGGAAGAAUUUAGAAAGACACUCUGUGCUUUAUGGCAAGGCAGCCAGACUGCAUUUAGCCCGGAAUCCUUAUUUUAUGUUGUUUGGAAGAUUAUGCCGAAUUUUAGGGGCUACCAACAGCAGGAUGCCCAUGAAUUCAUGCGCUACCUUUUGGACCACCUACACCUGGAACUCCAGGGCGGUUUCAAUGGUGUUUCUCGCUCAGCAAUUCUGCAGGAGAAUUCUACUCUGUCUGCAAGUAACAAAUGUUGCAUAAAUGGAGCAUCUACUGUUGUCACGACUAUAUUUGGAGGAAUUCUCCAAAAUGAGGUUAACUGCCUCAUAUGUGGGACGGAAUCUAGAAAGUUUGAUCCAUUCCUAGACCUUUCAUUAGAUAUUCCAAGUCAGUUCAGAAAUAAGCGCUCUAAGAACCAAGAAAAUGGACCAGUUUGUUCACUACAAGACUGUCUUCGCAGUUUUACAGACUUAGAAGAACUUGAUGAGACAGAGUUAUAUAUGUGCCACAAAUGCAAAAAGAAACAGAAGUCCACUAAAAAGUUUUGGAUUCAAAAACUACCCAAGGUGCUAUGCUUACAUUUGAAAAGAUUUCACUGGACAGCAUAUUUAAGAAACAAAGUUGACACAUACAUAGAAUUUCCUUUGAGAGGCCUAGACAUGAAAUGCUACUUAUUAGAGCCUGAGAACAGUGGCCCAGAGAACUGCCUCUACGACCUGGCUGCUGUGGUAGUACACCAUGGUUCUGGGGUCGGUUCUGGACAUUACACGGCAUAUGCAACUCACGAAGGUCGCUGGUUCCACUUCAAUGACAGUACUGUAACACUGACUGAUGAAGACACCGUUGUGAAGGCAAAGGCCUACAUCCUUUUCUACGUGGAACGCCAGGCCAAAGCUGGAUCUGAUAAACUCUAAUACCUCCUCUAAAUCAUUACUCAUCAACUGUACCGGACAAACAUUUCCAAUUUUCCAUAAAUACUUGAUCCAAGAUUUAAUUUCAUUAUGCACUUUUCAGUUUCCUAUUUUGAGUUGUUUUAUUUUUGUCAGUGGUAGGGACUUUUUGAACAUGGGCACCAACUAGUUUUUGUUUGUUUUUUUAGUUCUACCUAAAAACCUCAGCAGACAUUUUCUUUGCUGCUUUAGUUGUAAUAAUUCAAUUUUUAUAUGUAGUUUCCAGAACUUAGUUCUAUUUGAUUUUUUAUAUUAAUGUUUUCAUUUCCCACUUGGAGGCACAUUUACAUCAAUGCUUUUGUUACUUUCACACGCCAAAAGCAAGAUACGUUCCUGAUUAUGAAGAGCAACAUAUGUAACUGCCUGUUGCCUUUUCACAGCUGUAAUGGAGACUUGUGUGCACAUGAUCUGUGGCCCUACGAGAUGGCGCAGUGACUGCUCAGUAAUCAUUCUUUUUGCCUGUAAAAGAUAACUAAGAGGGCAUCAUUAAGUAGAACUGGUAAUUGUUGCUCCUGGUAUCUCCUAAGGCUGCUGGCUGCUUUCAGCACUAACUAAAUAAAUUUAUUGGUUCAUUUGCCUGGG